AUGGUGAAAGUCUUCUUGCUCCUCUUUGCCCGUCUGGCGGCAGCUGGGGCGCUCUGGUCAACCAGCCCAGCAGUCUCCACGGAUGUGAUGCGCCAGGCAUAUUGCGUUGGGAAUGGAAGGCUUGGUGCAAUGCCUUUCGGUCAACCUGGCCAAGAGAUGCUCAAUCUGAAUAUUGACACCCUCUGGUCUGGUGGACCAUUCCAGCUUUCCACUUAUAAUGGGGGAAACCCCAACACAAGUAUGAUAGACGUGCUUGCAGAAGUCCGUGCCGAGACCUGGUCAACUGGAAUAACGAACGAUACUGCGCUCCAUGGUGACACAUCGGCCUAUGGUAGUUUCAAGGCUGCCGGAAACCUGUCGGUCACAAUUGAUGGCAUCAGAGACGAUUUCAGUAGCUUCAACCGGUCUCUAGAUUUGAAAACUGGCAUUCACACGACCUCCUUUUCUACAGAUGUUGCCAACUUCACCUCGACGGUAUAUUGCACUUUGCCAGAUCAAGUAUGCGUCUACAAUCUUGAAUCUUCAGACUUUCUGCCGCAGGUAGCUAUAGCCUUGGGAAACAUUGUCUCCAGCAAUCAAGGAGGACUUACCUUGGGGUGCAACUCCCAAUCGGCCAGUUUGACGGGGUAUACACAGAAUAGCAAUCCGAUUGGAAUGAAGUGGGACAUCAUUGCGCAAAAUUCCACCCCGGGUACCUGCAAUAAUGAGACCGGGACACUUGUCGUGCCGGGAAACUCGUCUUCAGCGUUGACCAUUGUUAUAGGGGCGGGGACCAACUACGACCAGACCAAGGGCACCAGGGAGUACAAUUAUAGCUUUCAGGGUGCUGACCCGGCACCUCUAGUUGCCGAGACGGUUUCCAAAGCUAUUCAAAUUCCCGAAAAAGAGCUGCGCGCCGCCCAUGUUGCCGACUAUAGCAAUUUCGAGAGCCGUUUUCUGCUCAGUCUGCCCGACACGCAGGGCUCCUCUGGUGUCAGCCUUGAUCUGCUCCUCACCAAUUACAACUCCAAUCUGACUUCAGGCGACCCAUAUUUGGAGAAACUCAUGUUUGAUUAUGGCCGACAUCUUUUGAUCGGUUCUUCGCGUGACAAUAGCUUGCCGCCAAACCUACAGGGAGUGUGGUCCAAUCUUGACAGCGCGGCUUGGUCCGGCGAUUACCAUGCAAAUAUAAACUUGCAGAUGAAUCUGUGGCCAGCACAACAGACGGGGCUGGGCGAGUUGCUUGUCAGCGUGUGGAAUUACAUGGAAAAUACUUGGGUUCCCCGCGGUACCGAAACAGCUCAGCUUCUAUACGGAGCCAGCGGUUGGGUCACUCAUGACGAAAUGAACAUUUUCGGACACACUGGGGAAGCCAUUAUGCCAUGCAGAAUGAAAUCAUAUGAGACGUCUGCAGACUAUGCUAUUGCACCGGCCUGGAUGAUGCAACAUGUUUGGGACAAUUACGAGUACUCGCAGGAUUCUCAGUGGUGGUCUGAACAGGGUUGGCCCCUCUUGAAAGGAGCAGCGGAGUUUUGGUUGAAUCAGCUCCAGGUCGAUCAGUUUUCCAACGAUAGUUCGCUGGUCGUGGUGCCCUGUAUAUCCCCAGAGCACGGACCGGCGACCUUUGGAUGCACACACUGGCAGCAACUUCUUCACCAAUUGUUUGAAAUCGUUCUUGUUGGGGCUCCAGCCGCGAACGAUAAUGACAAUGAAUUCUUGGCCAACAUUACGACAUUAUUAGCGUCUGUCGACAAGGGUCUGCAUUUCGGUACUUGGGGGCAGAUCAAGGAGUGGAAGGUCCCUGAAUCUGUCUACAAUGACUACAAAAACGACCAGCACCGGCAUAUUUCCGAGCUUGUGGGAUGGUACCCUGGCUGGUCCAUCAACUCGCUCCAAUGCGGUUAUAGUAAUUCGACAAUUCAGACGGCCGUCAACACCACUCUUACUAGCCGUGGUACCGGCUUCGAGAACUCGGACCCGGGCUGGGCCAAGGCCUGGAGAUCAGCUUGCUGGGCCUUGUUGAACAACACUGAGCGUGCGUAUUACGAAUACCGCUAUACGAUUGACGAAAAUUUUGCCUCCAACGGUCUGUCCUUUUCCAGUGGUGCGCCAGGAUCUUUACAGCCAUAUGGUGCUUUUCAGAUUGACGCCAAUUUUGGCCUUGUCGGAGCUGGGCUGAGCAUGUUGGCUGUGGAUCUACCAGUAUCGAGCAGCUUUGACGGGACUCGAGAAGUAGUUCUUGGUCCCGCCAUUCCCGCAGCCUGGGCUGGUGGAAAUGUUCAGGGGCUGCGCAUUCGUGGUGGGGGUUCCGUUGAUUUUGACUGGGACGACGCCGGUGUCGUCCAUCAGGUUACCGCACGGGAUUUGGCUACGAAUGUACGCCUGCUGAAUAUUGAGGGAGAUGUGCUGUACCCUUAA